CGUGCCCCAGGGGAGCGAUGGGUUGAUUCUGGAAAUAGAGAAAGCAGUCAGGAUCAACGUAGCAAAUGGAGCACUCGCUGGGGGCCUGACGGCAAAGAGAUAGACACUAUGCGUGAGAAGUGGGGGGAGUCUAACAAGGAAUCUGACAUGCUGCUUGAUAAAGGGCCAUUUCAUCCUCCGUACCAUGGGAAGGAUGAGAAGGAUGUGGACCACUAUCGACCAUGGAGACCUAACACUUCAUACAGACGAGGCAGAGGGGAGCCUCUGCACCAGGCUUUGACCCCAAACAAACAGGUUUCUACAUUUGUGCAUGGUCGCGGACGUGGAGAAAAUCCUGCUCCAACCUUUCCUCUUGUUAGGGGAAGGAUUAGCUCUGGAGGUAGCUCUGUCACCAAUAUUUAUAUUCCCCCACAGCCAGUUGGAUCUUUUUCAGAAAAGGUUGAAAGUGGCCAUGGAGAGCAAUCUGCAUUAAGAUACAGCCGAAUAAAAUUGCUUAAUAUGUACAGGAUAACUGAUAUGAGAUCCUUUGCAAAACUUUUAGGGGAGGUUGAUCAAGUACCUUCCCUCACUCUGGAAGAACCUUUAGAACCUCUAGCUUUUUGCACCCCCACUCCUGAAGAAUUGGUUGUCUUGAAGGGAAUUGACAAUGGAGAAAUCAUGAGUAGUGGCGCUCCACAGAUCACUAAAGAAGGAUCUUUUGGUCGAACAACUGAUUCUGUGCAGACAAAAGGAAGCAGGAUUGGCAUUAGAAAUGAUUUGCCCCUUGCUCUUGAUGAUCCUAAAAGUGAAAAUAUGGAUGAUGUAAAAGGUGGUUAUUUAAAUUAUUCAGAAAGUUUGUCCCAAGAGAGGCAUAUGUAUUCUUGGCCAAAUGCGAAAGUGGAGACAAUGCAGGAUUGUCAGGCAUCUGCUUAUCACAAGUUGAAUCCUGAAGCUCUGGAAGAAGAAAGUGCUUCUUAUAGGCAGAAUGAAGAUUCGGACACCACUAGAGAAUCAAGCUCGCCAAAAAAUUCUUCAAUGCUUCAUGUGGGUUCUUGGAGAUCAUCUUUCCCAGAGCGUUCCAAGUCAACUAUUCAUGAUUCGAGAGAGACAUCUACAGAAGUGCACGGUGUAUGUGAGAAAAAAUUGGCUGAUUCAACAAAUGCCGAAAGAGGAGGACUCAAAUGGUCGAUAGGUGAUGAUUCUAUUAUGAGAAGGCAAGCAUCUGCAGUGUUUGACAGGGAACUGGAAUCAUGCAAGAAUUCUCAGUCAUCUCCGGAGGACCUGAUUCUUUACUAUAAGGACCCACAAGGUGAAAUUCAAGGUCCUUUUGCUGGAAGCGAUAUAAUUGGAUGGUUUGAGGCUGGAUAUUUUGGCAUAGAGUUGCAAGUGCGCCUGGCUAGUGCACCGUUUGACUCCCCAUUCUAUUUACUUGGGGAUGUGAUGCCCCACUUGCGCGCCAAAGCUCGACCACCUCCUGGAUUUAGUACACCUAAGCCUAAUGAAAUUCAAGAUGCAUCUGGUAUGUUGAACCACGACAGCCUUGGGAAGCUUCACUCAGCUUCAAGUGAGGCUGAUGUGAUAAAGAAUGAGCCAAGAUAUGUGCAUGGUCAGAAAACGGAGGCUGAGAACAGGUUUUUGGAGUCACUGAUGUCUGGCAGUGCAAUUAGUGCGCCCCUUGAGAAGUUUGCUCUCGCUGAAGAUAUGCAUGGAUACAUGGGGAUCAAUUCAAAUGCAUUACCUUCUGCGGGAGCUGGUAGUGGGGAUGACGCUUAUCUGUUGGCAAAAAAGAUGUCACUGGAGAGGCAGAGAUCUCUGACGAAUCCCUAUUCAUAUUGGCCUGGAAGAGAUUUAGCUUCCCAUUCGGCAAAGACAGAUGUUGUAAAUGACUCCUUACUGGCACAUUCGAAUCUUAACUCAUCAAUUUUAGAUAAUGCUUGUGCACAGCAUAGUUCUCAGAAUGUUGACUUAAUGUCUAUACUUCAAGGCUUGCCAGACAGAUCUACAAAUAAUGUCAACAAUGGAACUAGUGGUUGGUUGAAUUUUCCAGUUCAAGGGGGGUUGGACCCACAUCAGGAUAAGUCGGAUAUGCAUCCUGGUCAGAAUUUCCCUCCCCAAGCUGCAUCGGGAACACAACAGCAGAGGCCACAGUCGCAGAGUUCAUUGUUGACAAAUUUAUUAGACCAAUCUCUUAAUAAUCCUUCCAGCAUCUUAACACCAGAAAAGCUACUAUCUUGUGGUCUUUCCGAAGAUCCACAACUGUUAAGUUUGUUGCAACAGCCAUAUUUGUUGCAGCCGCACUCCCAGGCCCCAGUUGCAUCACAGCAGCUGUCACUUAUGGAUAAACUGUUGUUGCUUAAGCAUCAGCAACAACAGGAGGAGCAGGAACGUUUAGUGCGCCAGCAGCAACUAUUGCUUUCACAUUUGCUAUCAGAGCAUCAACCCUACCAAAGGCUUGCCGAGUCACCAUUUGUGCAAUUGCAAACUUCUGGUCUGGCAGCUGGAAAUGCUUCUAGGGAUCAUGCUCAGUUUCAACAAUCUCAUGAAUUGUUUCAUACUGGUUCUGAGAAAGCUUCCACUCCCAAUUUGAAAGAUGAAAGUGCUUCUAAUAUAAUUUUACCUUCUAAUGUUUCCCAGGAUAACAACACGAAUGUUGGUUCUGAAUCCCCUUCUAUGCAUCUGUCUCAUCAAAUUUUUGGGAAUACUGUCCAUCCAGGGAAAUUGGAAGCCUCUUUGCCAGAACAAGUUAUUAACAUUCAGGGGAAGGGUUUUCCAAUGACAACAGCUGUCACUGAUACUUUUCCCCAAUCAGAAAUGGCAAAUAGAUAUCCAUUGGAGCAGAAAUUACAUAAUGAUCAAACCAUCAGAGUUGCAUCAUCUGCUGAUGUUCAAAGUUUUCCACCUGGGGAACAUUUGGUAAAAUCAGAUGCACUGCAAUUGGCAGGAGGUUGGGAUAAUAAGUUGUUGGUUUCUGAAAAGGCAAAUGAAGUUGUAGUGCCUCCAACCACAGCAUUGGAGCCCCAAGAUGUAGGAGAAAAUCAAAAAGAUGAUUUCCUUGGGGUGAAGGAAACCAAAAAGGCUGAAACACAGGAGGUGAAAAAGUCUUCUGCCAAGAAGUCAAAAAAGCAGAAAGCUUUGAAGGCCCAAUCAUCUGACUCAGCAAAGGGAGUCUCUAAGACUCAGAAGGCAGAAUCGUCAGAAUUUGAGGGUACAAAAAUUGAUAACGCAGCAUCUGAGAUGCAAAAUGUUCAAGGAGAGAGGAAAACUGAUAAAGUUACUUCUGAUGGUAUUGAUGUUUCGCUGGACCAAAACUCGUUGCCUGCACAUGUGUUUGCUGAUGAUGGUGAGGCUUCCAAGAAUAGGGAUCAACCAGGACAAAUUGCGUUGCAGUUCAAUACACAAGUAAAUACUGGACAAAGAGCCUGGAAGCCUACUCCUGAUUUCAAGCCAAAAUCAUUAUCAGAAAUUCAACAGGAGGAGCAGCGGAGAGCACAAGCGGAAAUGGCAGUUUCUCAGGUCUCAACAUCUCUAAGCUCCAUCAGUGUCUCCACUCCUUGGGCAGGGAUUGUUGCGAAUUCUGAUCACAGGGCACUUGGUGAAACACUACGAGAUUCUGCCAACGCUGAUUUAAUUUUGGGAAAAUCUGAGAGUUCCACAAACCACCAAUUACAUGAUAUAUUUUGGGAAACUAAUGUGACCAAGUCAAGUGAAAAAGAGAUGCAGAUUUCUGAUUCUGCAUCUAGUCUAGCUCCAGUAUCUCUUACGCUUUCUAAAAUUGAUUCAGUGAACGAUGAUAACUUUAUUGAGGCUAAAGAUGCUAAAAAGAGUCGUAAAAAAUCUGCUAAAGCCAAAGGUACGUGUGCUGAAGUCUCGGUGCCUGCUGCUUCACCUGAUUUCUCUGCUGGAUCAAAUUUCAUUGACAAAGGUAAUCGUUCUCAUCAGCUACAGCAGAGGGAAAUUUUACCUGCAGUUCCCUCUGGCCCUUCUUUAGGGGAUUUUGUCAUCUGGAAGGGAGAGUCAACAAAUCCAUCCCCUGCUCCUGCCUGGUCCACUGACUCCAUGAAGCUUCAGAAGCCAACAUCAUUGAGGGACAUACUUGAGGAACAACAAAGAACUGUUUCUUUCGGACCUCAGGGAACUCCAAUGCUGAUACCUCAGAAACCUGCCAUAAACCAAUCUGCCCGUGGGGCUGGUCCUUCAUCUUCAUUAUCUUCGUCAUCUUCUGCCAAAGCUGCAUCCUCUGCCCAAAACAACUCUUCAGCUUCUUCUCACGAAAAGCAUAAAAUUGAUGAUGAUCUGUUCUGGGGCCCAUUAGAGCAACCUAACCAUGAGGCAAAGCAGUCAGAUUUUCCUCGACUUGGAAGCCAAGGCAGUCAGGGAAGCAAAAGUACCCCAAUCAAAGGAACUCCUGGAAGGUCAUUGAAUCGGCAGAAGUCUAAUGGUGGUAGGCCUGGGGAGUAUUCAGUUUCAUCAUCAUCACCUGCCUCUGCUCAAUCGUUGGGAGGGAAGAACGCCUUGACUAAGCAUUCUGAGGCAAUGGACUUCAAGGAAUGGUGUGAGAGCGAGUGCUUCAGACUUCUUGGGUCAAAAGAUACAAGUUUCUUGGAAUUUUGUAUAAAGCAAUCAAGGGCGGAAGCUGAAAUUCUUCUAAUAGAAAACCUCGGCACCUUUGAUCCCAACCGUGAGUUCAUUGACAAGUUUCUAAAUUACAAAGAUUUUCUUUCUACGGAUGUUAUUGAUAUCGCCUUUAAAGCACGGAAUGACCGAAAAGCCACUGCCUCGGUUGUGGGAGAUAUGACUUCCGACUAUGUUGGCACCGGGGGCUCCAACCAUGGUGGUGUAGAUUCUACUGAUGGGAACCCGAAAGGAGGCAAAAAGAAGGGGAAGAAAGGGAAGAAGGUAAGCCCAUCAGUGCUUCAAUUCAACGUAGUUAGUAACCGAAUAAUGAUGGGGGAAAUUCAGACAAUUGAUGAUUAGGUAUUUAGUGGGAAAUUGUAAAUAUUUUCUACUAAGAUUGUUGCUUUCUAACCGAGGAUUUUUUUUAUUCCUCCUCGUAGCAACUGCUGCAGUCAAUUUGAUCUGCUAGAGCAAUUUUGUCAAGUUGCCGUAAAUGUAGGUCUUGUUAUGCUGACUGAAGCAUUUGAGUUUGAGCGAUGAUUCACGUACAUUUGAGUUUUAACUGAAAUAUGGAGGUAGUUUUCUUUAGGGUUGGAUUCA